CAAAUCGCCUUAUAUCUGUUUUAGAAGUAUUUAAAAAUCAUUUAUGCUGCCGGAAGAAAUGACACUAAGGUUAUGAAUACCUGCGUACACAGUCACUGACUGCAGUUCUUUAUGUUUAGUACAUGGAGACAGCGUCGUUAUAAUUGGUCGAAAUCGCUUUGAAGUGGCUUUUACUCUGGACGGUGUCUUCAAAGCCCCUUUAAGAAGUUGAAGCACAGUGCAAGCGACGCCUUGAGAGUUCUGACUUUUUGUUGUUAUUUGUUUGUUUAUUCCGUUUAUUUGAACUAUGGCUGAGACAUCGAAAGGGGUCAACGCCGGGAAAUUGGCUAGUAAUGUACAGAAAAGAAUAAACCGAGCACAGGAAAAGAUGAUGCAGAAGCUUGGGAAGGCUGAUGAAACCAAAGAUGCAGAAUUUGCAGAGAUUGUGGCUAACUUUAGCAAGCAGAUGGCAGAAGGCACUAAAUUGCAGAAAGAUCUCCGAGCAUACCUAGAAGCAGUCAAAACAAUGAAUGAUUGCUCAAAGCGCCUACAAUGCUGCCUAGUAGAUGUGUAUGAGCCAGACUGGAUUGGGAAGGACGAAAUGGACACCAUAUCUGAGGAAACAGAUGUUCUGUGCGGAGAUUUCCAUCAGAAGCUUGUGGACAGUGCACUCAGCUCAAUGGAUGCCUACAUGACCCAGUUUCCUGAAAUUAAGGCACGCAUCGCUAAACGUGACAGGAAGCUGGUGGAUUUUGAUAGUGCCAGACAUCACUUUGCCUCUAUACAGAAAAGUAAAAAGAAGGAUGAGGCCAAAAUUGCUAAGGCAGAGGAAGAGAUGGGAAAAGCCCAAAAGGUGUUUGAAGAGAUCAAUUAUAACCUUCAAGAGGAGCUUCCAUCUUUGUGGAACAGACGUGUUGGUUUCUAUUCGACCACCUUUCAGAGUUUAGCCAGGGUGGAGGAGAAUUUCCACGGCGAGAUGGCCAAACUGAAUCUCCGUCUGUGUGAUAUUAUGACCAAACUUGUGGAACAUCAACAGACUAAUGAAUUAGCAGCCAACCAUAAUGUCACAGCGGAGUCUGGGUCUGACGUAACUAAACAAGCAUCUAAGACAGUUGCAGACACAUUGGUAACCAACGGCAGGUCUAAUAUUGAUCUUCCACCAGGAAUUCUCUAUAAGGUGAAAGUAAUCCAUGACUAUGCAGCCACAGACAAUGACGAGCUGGACCUCAAAUCUGGGGACAUUGUGCUUGUAAUGCCCUUUGUCAGCCCUGAUGAGCAGGAUGACGGCUGGUUGCUAGGUGUGAAAGAGUCACACUGGUUUGAAAAUAAAGACCUUACUGCUAAAGGUGUAUUCCCUGAAAAUUUUACCCUGAGAUUGUAAACAGGGUGUCUAUGCUAUUUCUGUUUAAACCAUUAUCUUUAUUUUGUUAUUUGCUCACUUAUAUGUCCUGUUCUGUUUUUAUUUUUGGUUUGGAUAAAUAAAUCCAUCCCCAGGUUUUGUUGUAAAUUAUUUCCUGCACUGUGAUAUAAUGGCUGGAGGUAGAGUACAUUAUAAACAUCCCAUUUUACAGUAAUCUUUGAAUGUGACAUUAUUACAGUCCACACUUGCAAUGUGGUGUGUACAUUUUAACAUUUCUCUUGUAAUUGUGCAUGUAAUUGGCUUUAAGUUUGAUUGUUAUAAUGAGCGAAAUCAAUAUUUGGAACACUUGUGACUAGUUGACUAGUACUUUUCUGCCUAAGUUGUGAUGUAAAGCAUUACCUUUAGUACUUUGCUUAUAUUUUAGGAUUCAGUUUCACUCUAACCACCAGGAGGGAGUGCUUGUCACCUGGUCAUUUUCUUGUGCAUAUACAGUCAUGUGAAAAAGUUAGGACACCACAUUAAAUAUGAAGCUCUUUAUUAAGAAAUUUCAACUUGUCAAUCUAUAUUUGUUUUAAUUUGUACCAUUAAAUUAAAGCUAUUAUUUCCACCUUUAGCCGAAAAUAACCUCAAUUAGGUGUAUCUUAUAGCCAUCUACCAGUUUCUGACAUCAACUUUAUGAAAGUUUUCACCCACUCGUCAAUGCAGAAUUCUUUCAGCUGUGUGAUAUUUCUUGCAUGUCCGUUUCAGGUCAACAGACAGGAUCCCAAUAGGAUUUAGAGUUGGGCUUUGACUUGGCCAUUCCAAAAUUCUCUGUUUUUUACUUUUCAGUGAAUCCUAGUUGGAUUAAAUGGUAUGUCUUUGUCAUGUUGCCAGGUCCAGUUUGACUUUAGCUGCAAUUUUUUGACAGAUGGUCUCACCUGUUCCUCAAGCGCCUUCUGAUAAAAUGUAGAAUUCAUAGUGGAUUCUAUGAUGAUGCAUCAAAGCAUCCCCAAAUCAUAACACUUCCACCUCUAUGUUUAACAGUUGGUAUGAGGUUCUAAAAUGCUGUAUUUGGUUAAUGUCAAACAUGUCCUAUGUUAUGGCCUUCGAAUAAUUACAUUUUAGACCCAUGUCCAAAGCACAUUAUUCCAAACGUCUUUUUUCCUUUGUCUCUAUGCUCUUUUGUGCACUUCAGUCUUGUUUCUUAGACAGCAAAGGUUUCCUCCUUGCACACCUUCCAUGAUAAUUAAAGAUAUGCAGUCUCUUUCUGAUUGUAGAUUCAUGUACUUUGACAUAAACUGUAACAAGAGCUUGUUGCAGGUCCUGUUGUGAUAUUUUAGGGUUUUUGGAAAAUUUUUAAAGCAAAUUAAGAGCAAACCAAACUAAAUAUCUAAAUAUUCUUCAAAAUGUUCUGUAACAAUAUUCUAAUAAUUUCACCUGAUGUGAUACACCUGUAAGUAAUUUUAUUCAUUUUAAGUACAAAUAAAUGUGGUGCUUUCCUUAAUUUUUCCUCACAAGACUUUUGAUUUUUUUUUAAUGAUUUUAAAAAAGACCUUUCUUUGGUUUUAUUUGUUUAAUUAUAUUAUUUGAAUCAUCCAAUAUUGUGAAAAUGAAUCCAUCUACAUUGUUAAAACCAUAAAAAAACCACAGGCUUUUGUGGGGUGUCUUAAUUUUUUCAAAUGACGAUAUAAGACAAAUGGGCCAAGAUUUGAUUAGAUUUCUUUCUGCAGCAGCCUCCUAGGCAUCACUAUACAGUCACAGUAGGAUGAGUACAUUGAUUAAAAACCUUCCUUGCCAGUUCAAUGGAAGUUCCUUGUGACAGUAUAGUAUAGUUUUUCCAGGUGUUAAUCACCAGACCCUGGUGGUUAGACGAAACUGGAGUCAACCUAGUGUGAAUUUGUCAAGAUAUUUUCAGGGACAGAUAGCCAAAUGUAUUUUAUAGAAAAUACUACAUCAUAUUUUCUCUAUGUCUCAUCAUAUGAUCACUAUGUCUCAACAUGUGUGCAUAAGAGAAAAAGGCAUCCAAGCUUUAAAGCCCACAGUUGUCUAGUGUUCAUAGACCCAUGGUUAUAUGUGUAACUAGCAUUUUAUUGUUUGUUUGGUAAUGGUAGUUAUCAGUACAAUGUUCACAGCACUUGUCUGUAACUAAUUAAUUAUAUUGUAUUAAAAUGGAUUGCUUUAAA